AUGAGAAAUCGGCGCCCUUUUCCCCAGGAAAAAGCCUGUGCCUCGAUGUCGGCAAUGGGAGUGCAAGACAAGCAUAUUUGCAUUCGUGUUCUGCGAGCUCAUUGCUUCGGUGUCAAUGUCCCCUCACCCUGCUUCGUGUUCGACUACAGAGACAACCAUACGGUGACAAUGGCACCUCUCAAACUGCUCACAGUCGUCAGUUCCUCGCUCCUCUUCCUGGCCAAAGCCAACGGCGAGGCCCCAUCCGAGCAGCCAACUUAUACUCUAGACUUGGGAGAUGAAGGAAAGUGCCUCGACGAGGUCAAUGCUGCUCGCGUGGCAGCUGGCCUCGACAGGAACAGCAUCAUGCGCACCCCAGGCGCGGGUCGCCUCAAAGCCGCUGAAGCAAAUAAUAAGACCAAGACAAAAUCAAGAAGUACUAGAAAUUCUGAUGUAACUGAGUUCCAGAGCGGCACAUACGCAUACCUUCCCAUUGACGAUCCCAGUUCCGUCGACUGCAAGGCCGUUGUGGAUAAGUGGAAGGAAGCCUACACCAACUUUGAUGGAUUGCCUCCGGCUAAAAAGAAAGAAGAGAACUUUUACGACAAUCAGGAGAACGUGUCUUUUGUGGCCCUGUACAACCCUACAGAGAAAGCUACUGCAGAUUGCCGUACCAAGACAAAAUCAAGAAGUACUAGAACUUCUGAUGUAACUAAGUUCCAGAGCGGCACAUACGCAUACCUUCCGAUUGACGAUCCCAAUUCCGUCGACUGCAAGGCCGUUGUGGAUAAGUGGAAGGAAGCCUACAGCAACUUUGAUGGAUUGCCUCCGGCUAACAAGGAAGGAGAUAAUCUUUACGACAAUCAGGAGAACGUGUCUUUCGUGGCCCUGUACAACCCUACAGAGAAAGCUACUGCAGAUUGCCGUGUCGUCACCUGCACUAAAACGACGCCUGCAACAUCCAGUUUCAAAGCGGCAAGAUCCGACGGGUCAACAACGGAAACGGGCUCCGCUUUGAUUUGCAUGACCGUGCCCGAUGUACUCGAGGAAGGAGGAAAGGCCCCUUUCUCAGAGGAGCAGUGGGAACAGAUCGUGACCGCUCUCGAAGGCUCUGCCUCGGCUGUUGCACCCGGUGUGGUCGGUUUUGCAUUGGCGAUCGUUGGCCUCACCAUGCUGUGA